UAGUCCUAUCAGUAUUUUUUCCAUAUGAUACAAACCGCACACAACAUUAUUAGUCACAUCACGUCUGCGAUUCUCAUUAAGUCGCUAUUGCCGUUAGCUGCAAACCCACUACGAAGCCAAGCUCUGACGUCACAAUGUUACAAAUGGGAAACAGAACUUCGUAAUACUGGAAUAGCCCAAGCCUACCUGUGGAGUUCAGUAAGGAAAGGCACGUCGAUAUUGUUUGCUUUAAAUAAAGUGCGUACUGCGACAGAUCACAUUCAUCACUUCACCACCGCAGCGUGUGUUGGUAACUCCUCAGUUCUCCCAGAAGUCAGUCAGUGCUCAGUCAUGAAGUUCACGGCUCUGUUCACGGUGGUGAUGGCGGUGCUCGCCAUGUUCUUCGGAGCUGGCCACGCCAACCCUGCACCUAAAGUCCCUGUCAAGCAAAUCGGCAAAGCUAUUAAAACUGGUUUAGGUGUCCUGGGAGCGGCAGGCACAGCCCACGAAGUGUACAACAACAUCAAGAAUCGAGGAUAAAAUAAUAUAAUUUGUAUCUAAGUAAUUUUUAAGUUAUUUAUUAUGACAGUUACACCUCUACUGCCCUUCGUCUGGAAGAAAUCGUUACCUGACAUUAAAAUUACCUCAAUAUUGUAUAAUAAUGAUAAUUAGUAAUGUAAUUUAAUAGAUUAAAAACAUAAAAAUACAU